AUGGCUGCUGCUAGGACCAACGCGUGGAUCGCAGAAGCUUUAGCUACGUUGACUACUUUAGUGGCACGGGAUAAUGACCCUGGAAGGAAUCAAGAAUAUGUGUAUUGCUAUAAGUGUGGCGAGCGAGGUCAUAAGCCUUUUGAGUGUCCGAAGGAGCUGGACAAGUGUCUCAGGUGUGGAAGGAUGGGCCACAAAACGGAAGCGUGCAGGGGGAAGUUGACUUGUUACGACUGUGGUGAAGAUGGCCACAAGAGUGUUGAAUGCAAGAAGCCCAAACAGGUCGUCGGAAAGGUGUUUGCAUUGGGUGAUGAAGAUGGCAAGGCCAAGUCCAGUUAUUACAAGGCCAUGAAGGACAGGAAAGGUAAAGGACUGGAGCGCAGUAAGCCCUACGACAUCGUGGAAAGAGGUAGUAGUAGUGGUAGGAAGAAGCAAGGAAAUGGUCAAUGCUACAAGUGUGGUGCGAGGGGUCAUAUUUCUUACGGCUGUCCGCUUAAGGAUGACAAGUGCUUUAACUGUGGAAAGUUAGGGCACAAGGCUGAGGGAUUUCAGACUUGUCUGAUAAAGAGGAUAUUGGGCUUGCCCAAUAAAGAGGAUAUCAAAGGUCAGGUAUUCAGGUCGAGGUUUUCGACGAGUUUAGCUGCCGAUCGUUUUGGUGAGGAGCACUUUUGGUGA